AUGGAGGGUGAGAUAAAUAAAUUAACAUCUGUAGAGACUGAGUACUUAGAAAAAAGUGGGAAAAAAAGAAGACAAAAAUCUAUUAUAGAAUGUAUAAAUAAUUAUAAUGAGGAAAACGUAGAAAAUGUACAAAAUGUAGAAAAUGAUAGAAUCCAAAAUAUUCUGGAUGAAAUCAAUGCAUCUAAUGACAUAUCGUCAACAAAUGAAGUGAUGAUUAAUAUGACAGAUGCUGAAAUGUCAGAAGAAGAUUUAGAUACAUUAGAGGUUAUAAGACAAUUAAGUUCUAUUAAAAUCGAUUCUGAUGAAGAAUCAAAGGAUAAGAUUGUUUAUAAUAAAAAAGAAAAAAAAAAAAAAUUAAAAAAUAAAAAAAAAAAUAAAGAAAAUAAAAAUACAUAUGUAUUUGACAUCUAUGAUAUAGAGUGUGUAGAAGAUGCAAUCAUAUAUGACGAAUCUAAGGAUACUGAAUUUCCAGAUUUACAUGAAUUAUUUUCAGAAUAUAAUGGUAAAUAUUUUUUUAAUAAAUUAUCAUCUGUACAUGUAAAUUGGAGUAAUAAAAUGAAAUUGUGUGCAGGGAUAUGUAUAUUUAAGAAGUCUGGGUACUGUUGCAUUCGCUUGUCGUUACCACUAUUAAAGCUGAGGAAAAUUAAAGAAUAUAGAGAGACCUUAUUACAUGAAAUGAUCCACGCGUUUUUAUUUUUAACAAGAAGUAAUACAAAGCAUGAUGGACAUGGACCAGAGUUUAAAAAACACAUGCACAGAAUAAAUAGAGCUACUGGAUUGCAUAUAACUAUUUAUCACAGUUUUCAUAAUGAAGUAAAUUUUUAUCGAAAUCAUAUAUGGCGCUGUACAGGUGUGUGUAGAAAAUACCCACCACAUUUUGGAUUUGUCAAAAGAUCCAUGAACAGACCUCCUGGACCAAAAGAAAAAUGGUGGAGAAGACAUUCUUCUUAUUGCUGUGGAAAUUUUGUUAAAAUUGAAGAAACCGAAGAAAACAAAAGAAACGAAAUGAAAAACAUGAACAAAGGAAUGAAUAACCUAAUACAAAAAAGAAAUAACAAAAGAGAUAAGGAUACGUUCGAAAAAAGACAAGACAAUAAUAAUAAUAAUAUUUUUGAGGAUAUGGUGAAUGACGAAAUAAUUAUUUUAGACAAAGAAAGUGAUCACAGAAAUAAAAAACAAGGGGAAGAUGAAAUGGAUAUAAUAAAUUUAAUAAAAAAUUUAUUUAGUAACAAUAAAGACAAAAUAUUAUCAUUUCCAGAUAUUACAGUGGAUUAUCACAAGGCAUUUGAAGAUAAAAAUUAUUUCGAGAUAGAUUAG